UCACGUUGAACGAGCAUUCUCUACACAGAUCACUGUGUGUACCGUUGCAUACUUCACGGUGUUACAAAGAAGACAUAUAGCACCGACUCGUGUCAGUCAUCCUGCUGGUAAGGACUCAACAGGCUAGGCUGUAUUAAACAGGUGUGAUAUGUACAAGUCGCCUGCCAUUCAUCAAACUCGCUACCAAUAACUCCCGGACCGGUGGCAGUGUAAUGGACUUGAUAAGUACUUUAUAUCACAAGUCGUCGGUUUAAUCUCAUUCAUCAUGAGUUAACCAUCGUUGGAAGAUUUAACUUCGGAUAUACGCUUAUCUUGUGCUCAAAAAGGGAUAUUUCAAGUGGUGGAAGUUGGCAGAAGUGAUCAUCAUGCCCUACACCAAGAAACCCGUGGCUAGUAGAAUCUUGUCCAAGUAUGAGCAGGAGAGGGCGUAUCGACUACACCGACAGAAGGUGUCGAGCGUCAGGCAUGGGAUUGACAACAGUCCUCCGAAACGGUACCCUCACCUCCUACUGCGUCUUAAACAAAUACAGAAAGAGGAGGAGAAGAUGGCCGAGGUGGACCAUGAGAACAAGCUGCUGCUGCAGAAGAUGACGCAGAUCAUGAGGACACAUGGGCGCAUCGACAACUGGAACAUGGAGCAUGAACCUCGCAGCCUGAACUACCCCUACAAACAUAAGCAGCUGGAGAAGAUUGCGGAAGAGAACAUCAACAUCGCACGUCGGCUGGAAACUGUGCAGCCAAUAUACAGCAAGGAAGAAUGGGAGGAAGAGUAUCAGCAGCGCCGCUACCUCAUGGAUCUGUGGGCCUACUCCACCAAAGACUACGACGACACACCACGUGGCAAGUAUAAGAGAUCGAAGGGUGAAGAUUCCGAUGGCAAGUAUGAUUCAGAUUUUGAGUCGGAUGAUGAUGCAAAGAGCAGCAAACUGCCGAGCAUUGAUGAAAGUGACAAGAAGAGUGAUACCAAGAAAGAGUCUCAGAAGAAAUCAAAAGAUGAGAGCCAUACCAAACUUCCUAAAAUCAAUGAGAAGAAAAAGGAGUCUUUAGGUUUAGAUCACACUUAUGAGAUGUAUUGGGGUAAUCGAUAUGACCCUGAUGGUAACAAAGAGAAUUCCAAGGGUAAAUCAGAUAAAGAUGACAAUGAGGCUGUACAGGAGGGAAAGAAGUUGGAGAAAGACAAUGCCAAAGGGAAAAAGGACAGGGAAGAUGAUAAGAACAAAGAUGAUAAAAAAGAUGACAAUAAAAAAAAGGAUGGGAAAAAAGAUGAUAAAAAUGAUGCUAAGAAAAAGGAUGGAACAAAAGAUGAUAAAAACGAUGCUAAGAAAAAGGAUGGAACAAAAGAAGAAAAGAAAGAUGACAAGAAAGGCACAGACAAGAAGGGAAAUGAGACGAAGGAGCAGGGAAACAAUAAUGCUCGCAAAGGCAGUAAGGACGAAGAACAUUCCAAGAGCAAGAACAAGGCUGACAUGACACCUGUGGAAGCUGAUUGCAAACAACUUUUCAAGGUUGCCAAGGAAAUGGCUGCUCCCGAUGACAUCCUCAUCAAGACUCUGGUGAAGAAGUCCCCCAGUUACAGACAGCAGGUCCAGAGGAAGUUCCAGGAGAUGUAUGACCUGGAUCUGAGCAAGGAGUUGAAACAAGGACUGGGUUCUGACUGGAAUCUGCUGAUUGAUGAGCUACUGGCUGAUCCCACUGAGGGUGACGCAGGGGCACUUCACACUGCUCUCGAGAAGAACAAUAUUCCAACAGUUGUGGAGAUUCUAUGUUCAAACCAGAGUAGCUUGGCACAGGUUAAAGAAGCUUACCGGAAAGAGUUUGCUGUUAGCCUGGAGAGCGAUGUUGCUAACAAGACCAAAGAGCCUGUGAACUUGCUGUUGAUGACCCUCCUCAAGGAGGGGAGAGAUGAGUCGACUGAUGUGGAUGACAAGAGGGUGGAGAAGGAUACCACUGUCUUGCAUGAGUUUGGUGAUGGUCGAUGGAGCAACAAGAGUGGGAAGUUCCUCAGUCUCCUCGAGGAGAAAAGUCUGGCACACAUCAAAGCAGUUCUCAAGAUGUAUAAAUCGGUGUCUGGAGGGAAGGAGGUAUUACACUCAGUGAAGGAAGAGUGUGACCAAGAGUAUGCAGAUGCAGUCGGAGCAUUUGUGUCUACAGUCAGGAGUUCAUCGGACACGUAUGCAGAAAAGCUUUACAAGAACAUCAAUGCUACCAACCCUGUGUUUGUGAAGACCCUUGUCGCUAGGGCAGAGAUUGACAUGCCGAGUGUGAGGAAAGCUUACAAGAAGAAGUAUGAUGCUGAACUGACAGAGGAUAUUGAAGACCGAUGUUCACAUCCCACAGUCAAGCUACUGAAGGAACUGGCAUCCAAAACACCGGCCAAGAAGUCUAAAGGCAAUAAAAAGUAUGCUGGUAUGGCUCUUGCUCCCCCUCCGAAAGGCAAGCCUCUGAAAAGACCUGAAAACAAAAGCAAGGAUGAUGACUCUUCCCAAAACCCACUCAACUCAAAACGGGGAGGAGAAGGAUCUAAGCAAAAGAAAGAUGACAAGGACGAUGAAAAGGCACCAAAGACGACUGGCACCAUCACUCCAGCCAAGAACUUUGAUGCCUUGAAGGAGGUGGAGAAACUCCACAAGGCCAUGGAUGGGUUUGGGACAGAUGAACAGGUCAUCAUUGAUGUCAUUUCCAACAAGAGUAAUGAACAGAGGCAGUUACUCAAGAAGAAGUACAAGGAGAAGUAUAAGAAGGAUCUGAUGAAAGAUCUGGAAUCGGAACUUCGGGGGGACUUUGAGGAGCUGGUCCUGGCCUUGAUGAUGGAGCCCACUGAGUAUGAUGCUCACUGUAUACACGAAGCAGUGAAGGGUCCGGGCACGUGUGAGGGGACACUGAUCGGCAUCCUCUGUACCAGAUCCGGAAAGGACAUCAAGGCAAUCAAGGAACAUUACAGACGAGCUUAUACAUCUGAUCUGGAAAAUGACAUCCGUUCAGAUACCAGUGGGGAGUUUGAAGAGCUCUUGGUGCAGCUCUUGAAAGGUGGCCGAGAUUCAGGGUGGGAGGUCAAUCAGAAGGAAGCAGAAGAUGAUGCCAAGGCUCUGAACAAGGACAAAUCGAUCAAAGUUUCAGAUGAAACCUUCAAACGUGUGAUGACGAAGAAAAACAGAUCACAAGCCAAGGCGACAUUUGCAGAGUACAAAAAGCUAUCUGAUCAAGAGAUAGUUGCUGCCAUCGCUGCAUCUGGCGAUGCCAAGGAUGGAUACGAGGGUCUUGCUAAAGCACUUGAGGACCCAAUCAAGUUUUAUGCUGCUCGCCUACACGAAGGUUUCAAGGGGCUUGGCACUAAUGAUACUCAACUUAUUAGGAUUCUUGUGUCAAGGUCGGAGAUUGACCUGGCUGACAUUAAAGCCAAGUAUGCUGAGCUGUAUGGAAAGACUCUCAAGGAGAAAGUUGAAGCGGAAUGUUCUGGUCACUACAAGCGGACAUUGCUGACCAUUCUCGGGGAGAAUAACGACUCAUCAAAAGAUGACAAAGCAAAGGCUAAAAACGAGAAGAAGAAAGCUGGUGAAAAGUCUGAGAAGAAAAGCGUUUACUUAAACAAUGGCCCCAGUACAAAGGAGAAUGCUAAAAAUACGAAGGGGAACAAAAUCAAAUCAAAGUCAGAGAAGUCCAUAGAUGAAAAAAAGAAGUCUGGCUCCAAGACACCGAUGCUGGCAGAAAGAAGAUCACCCGAUGGACAGAGCGAUGAAAUAAAUGAUAAGAAAACUAAAGAAAAAGAUGAAGCGAAGGAAGACAAUGCAUGGGAAACAAUGGAGCCGACAGGAACGAUCAAGGCGGCGACAGACUUCAAGCCGGAAGAACAGUGCAAGAUACUGUAUAACGCGAUGGAUGGAAUCGGUACGGACGAAGAGGCCAUCAUCACUGUCCUGACAUCUUGCAAUAAUUCUCAGAGACAACAACUGAAGAAAACGUACAAGAAAACAUACAAGAAGGAACUGAUGGCCCAUUUAAAAGGGGAGCUUACCGGGGACUUGGAGGAAACGGUGGUCUUGCUGCUUAUGGAACCAACAGAGUUUGCUGUCGAGGGAAUGCAUCGAGCCAUGGAUGGAGUUGGAACUGACGAGAGGCUUUUGCUGUAUGCCUCCCUUGUCCACAGCACUACAGCACAGGAUCUGAAGAGUCUGUGCAAGAAGUAUAAAGAAGCGCACAAGAAGGACCUGAGUAAAGCGGUUUCGUCCGAGACCAGUGGCCUGAUUCAAAAAGUUCUUCUCAACAUUUUGGCGGGAAAACGUUCGCAGACGACACAAGUCAAGGAAAAAGAUGUUGAAGAAUCAGCCAAGAAACUUUAUGGAGAUGGUGAAAACGCAUUCAAAUAUGACGUGGAAUACUGCGCUGACCUGCUCACCACCCUCAGCCCGAGUCAAGCCAAGGCUGUGUUCUCCCGGUACAAGGAGCUUUCUGGAGAGGAUGUGACGAAAUCUAUAGAGAAACACAUGGCGGGUUAUCCUGAAAUGGCUUGCCUAUCGGUUGCGCGCUACCUUCAAAGCCCAUAUCUGUACACAGCGCACGUGCUGCACGAGGCAACCAGCGGCACCGGCACCAACGACAAUCUAUUGAUGGCCGUCAUCGUCGGCAGGUCAGAGAUCGACCUGGUAAACAUCAUGAUGGCCUACAAAGCUAUCUUUAAGAAGUCCCUGGAAGAUGUCGUGCAGAGCGAGUGCAGUGGAGAUUACCGGAAGCUGCUGUCCGCCAUUUUGAAAUAUCAAUCUUGACUUGCGAAAUAUCCCGGAUGUAGCAUUCCCCAUCUGCAAAGACGCUAAAUGAAAGACGACAACUCUGUAAGAUAUGCUGGAUCACAUGUGCCCUAUAUAAGCACAUUACUGAAAGCGUCAAUUUUAUAUUUACUUAGUAUCAAAGAACGUAUCGUAUGGCGUUCAGAUUCAUUAGGGGAAAUGUAGCGCAUGUUUCUGUGAAAAACAACCACGAAGUCAUCUGUCUAAUGGGUUUUCCAUUAAAAGCUAAUACUGAAGCACAUACAACAGCAUCAUGUUCCGAGAAACAUCGAUUUUGUGUAAAAAUAUCUCGAAGAAAAGCAUUACUUCUAAGCAAAAUAGCGAAAUAUAUUGAUAUUACUGAUUUGAAUCCUUUUACUGAAAUAUGUUUAUAAUCACAGGCCAGUGUUUACUCAUUUGUUUGUUUAUUCCAUCGUUGAAGUAUAUUUGUUUCAUAUUUCUCGGUAUGUAUGUACAUAGAAACAGAUUAAAUGAAGUCAGUCGGUAUAACCAUAUGACCUUUUCUGCCAGAUUGAAAUUGAAUUUUUAUAAUAUUUCAUUCAGGUACAUGGAUGAAAUAUAUCAGGUUAUAUUGUAGCGGAUUAACAGCUCAUGUGGAUUCGGGGUCGCCCACCCAAACAUUUAUAUUCUUGAUCCGUUGAUACUGUUUGAUACCGUCUGUUCGUCUGAAGGUUGGAGCACACAUUUCCUCACCCUCGGUUUACCCGCAUCCGUUACACAAUGUAUAUCGAUUAAAGGAUUUAAUGCCUAACUGACGUCAAAUGUAUAAAGAGACCCUUAGUAAUUGAAAUAUGUACUACCGACAAAAGGGGGACUGAUGAAAUGAUAAUGAAGGUGUAAUAACAAAAGAGGUCUGUAAAAUAUAUUUCGGGCGCGUUGAUCAAUGUCUGGUGCGUCCAUCAUGAUGGGCAAGACAUGUAGGACACAUUGAUGGUAUGGUGUUGAUUAACUUGCAUUGGCGCCAUUGGCGUAACAUGAUGAGCUUCACAAGCUGGGCAACGUCGGUCGCUCUCUGGCGUACCCUCUCGGGUGACCUGCCAGAGGACACUCCGGAGAUAACAAUUGAAAACCUGGGCCGAUGUGGCCUGGAAUUGCCGUCGUCUUACAGUACAGAAUUUCUGCUGAUAAUGCUAGCGAAUAGGACAACGACACGGCGCACAGUUUCGUCAAC